AUGAACCAUUUCGACCUCGAGAUGGCUUCAGUGCUGACUGAAGUGCUGCAAUCCUGGCAAGAGGAAGCACAAAAGACGUGGAACAACACGCUCGAGGCACAGGCGAUGGGCCUGCAUAAGGCGGCACAGGACAUGAUCUUGAAAGCGGAAGGAGAACAAGCCGAGAAAAUUGCUCAACGGCCCAUCUCGGGCUACGUCUCCUACUUGAAGGAGUAUAUCAAGCAAACAGCCGAAGUGGUGGCCCGCGUCUCCUGGGUGGCCCGCACGGAAGAGCAGGCAGAUGUAGAGGCGCAGACGGACGUCUGUGCUGACGCAGAGGAGGUCCAAGCCUCCUCCACCCCAGAGGAUGUGGAUCAGGCGAAGACGGCGAAGGGAGCUCCAGGGGACCAUGCGGAGCCGGAGGAGGACCACCCCCCACCAUACGAAGAAGAGGCCCAGGCGGCGGAGGCAGCGGCCGAGGAGGAUGCAGGUGGAGCAGCGCAAGCCGAUCCCGCAGUGUCACAGCCGGGCAUCGUCGCCGGAGAGCCGGAUGUACAAAAAUGCAAAGACUGCCAGGAGCCUGUGCCGAAAAACCUGAUGAAGAAGCACAAGAAGAAGGAAUGUCCCGCCCGGAUAGUGGAGUGCAUACUGUGCAAGAUGCGAAUGACACAACGGGUGUACCAGGCGCACAUGGAUUUCGAAUGCGAGAACGUGGAGGCCACGUGCCCCAAGUGCAACGAGUCCUAUCUCAGGGGCCAGUACACUCUUCACCAGGCCCGGGACCCUCGGGCAGCUCCCGCAAAAUGA